AUGUUUCCUACCAGCCGCAAGGCCCGAAUACAAUGCCCGAUACCAGAUUGCGCGAGACCUGAAUGCUCCUUCCAUCACGCAAAUGGCCGGCCAUUUCUAGAUCGUGCUUUUCACGACCCGCGGGAAACUAGCUGGCUCUUGCCGAAUUCGAUUCUCAGUAAUUGCAUCAAUGCCCUGGACGAUCAAACCGACAGGAAUGUCGUUGCCAGCACCCCACCGCCUAAUGAAGUCCCAGAAAUGUAUCGGUUGCCUUCGAGCCCCGGCCGUACUCGAUUCACUUUUUCUCCCGAACCGCUAUCCGACCCGGACCCAUUCGACGCCAUCGCGCCCGUUUCCCAUCCUCAUCAAGAACAGAAGGUCACGAGCAGCUCAGACAUGGGGAAUCCGGGUGCUGCUGCCUUUCGAGUAGUAAAGGAAGAAAAGACUGAUGAUCCGGAAUUACAAGUGGUGGCCCAAUACACCCCAGAGAACCCGGCGCCUGAUGCCGUAAAUCGCAAACUUGACCUCGAGUUAGCGAAAACUCGAAAGACCAUAGAAGCAUUGCAAGAAAGCGUGCGAAAAGCCGAGGAGUUGGCUUUGUUGAAGAGGCAAAAAGAAGAGCUGGAAGCACAAGUAAAAGCGCUGACGGCUUUUCAGGAUCGCUCCUCGCCACAACCACAUCUCCCGUUGGUCAAGGAGGAGCCGGAUGUUGAGCCUCCGCGUCGAAAGCUGAAGCCAGCGCUGCCGGAAGAGGAUGAAGAAAUGCCAAUGCGCCCGUCACCGGAGCCGUUGCCGCCGACCUCGAGCUCCACCUCCAGAGAAAGAAAUUAUCUUCCUAAGAAUGCCUAUGUGCCCACACCGUUGGUCGAGUUGGCCAGGAAAAAGAAGUUAGCCCAAGAACCCCCAAUUGUUAUCAAGCGGAAAGACCCUGUCGAGCCCUCUAAGAAGCGCGUUUUGCCGCCUCCGCCACCUUUGGGACAUCGAGAAACUGCUAGGACGCUAGCCCUCAAGGCCACGAGGAUCAGCCCAGAUACUCCGCGCGCGAAAAAGUCGCUGCUCGAUGACGUUUUUGAUGAUGCCGAUGAUGCACCAUCGCCCAGUCCGUCAUCACUGCUAACGAGCAGGAAAGAGCCUCUCAAUCCGCCGGCUCUCAAGAAACCUCGGAACGUCGCCCUACAGCCAGCAGAGCGCUUGCAGGCCGCAUACAAUAAAGCAUCCACUUCCGGGACCGCCAAGAGGCCGGAGGCUACCUCGUCGAAAAGCCUUGAGAAAGGAGAAACACGAAAAGCACAUUUUGGGUCGUCCAAUGCCGCAACUCAUCCCCGAUUGCGAGAGCCGACAUUUGCCCGUGUUCCGCUGAGCGUGCGCAAUGAAUAUCUGGGCCUCCUUUACAAAGAGUACAACAAAAACCGUCCUGAAGCGGAAGCCAAGGAAUUGGCGGAGACUGAAGAAUUGCGCUUGGCAAAGGAAUCGAAGACCAAGGAGCUCUACAGGCGUCAGGCCGUCAAUCUAAUCGGGUCGUUGCGGAAGGUAGCAAAAGCUCAACCGGUGGCUGGCAUGACCAUCUCCCAUGCUGCGAACAUCGCGCCCACAAAUGCGACGGUCGGGGUGAAAGCGGCUGAGCGGGCCCAGCGCAAAGCCGACCUCGAGCACGUCGAUGCCACCAAUCUUCGAAAGCGUUUGAAGCCCUAUCUUCUUACCCAAGAACAACUGGAGAAGAAUUGCUAUCCGGUGUGGGUGGAUUCAUCCAAGACUGUGGCUAAAAUUGCCGACAGUCAUUGGGAUGCGGCGCCCGGUCGGGAAGGACGCGACAAGAGAUUCUUGCCUGACGCUGAACUGCAACGUCUUUGCUCUCGCUGCGGCACACGGUUCUUUUUGGACAAGCACGGAGCCGUUGUGAAGGCCAAAUGUCGCUAUCAUUCUAUGAAGAUGAACAAGAGGAGGGAGAACAAAGCGAUGGUCGAGCGUUAUUUGUGUUGCGAUGGGCCUACCGGCUCGGUGCCGUGCUGCGUGGCCGAGAGUCACGUCAGCGAGUCGAGGCGUAUAUCGGAACUGGAGAAAUUCAGGGAGUUCAGCGCUGAAACCGGGCCCGACGAUCCGCGCUCAUCGGCUGCUUACGCGCUCGAUUGUGAAAUGGUGUAUACUACUUGGGGGCCGGCCCUCGCUCGCGUCACCGUCGUCGACUUCGACGACAAAGUGGUGCUCGACAAGAAAAUUCUACCACGCAACGCCGUCGUUGACGCAAACACCAAAUUCUCUGGCCUGACCAUCGAGGAAUUGAACCGCGAGGGCUGCUCGUGGAAAGAGGCGAAUAAGGCACUCGAUACCAUCAUCAAUAACAAGACGGUCCUCAUCGGACACUCCCUGGAGAGUGAUCUCAAGGCCAUGCGUAUUGUUCACCGCCGCGUCGUCGACACGUCGAUCGUUUAUCCCCAUAAAUUGGGCCCAACGUUCAAGCGGCCGCUGCGUGAACUGGUCUCCGAACACCUUGGAAAGAUUAUCCAGGAAGACGUCACCGGCCACGACAGCAAAGAAGAUGCUUCCGCUUGCAUGCAGUUGAUGCUUCACAAGAUUCGCGGAAAA